UGAAGCACAAGAUGAUGAGAAUGCAAAUGAUGAAAUAUCUGAUGAUGAUAUACCUACUGCUAGUACUCUUCCAACUGACCUUGCCCUAGUUGCUACAUACCUUGAUCCAAGGUUUAAACAUUUUAAUUGGGCAACAAACAAUGAAAAAGAAAGAGCACAGAACCUAGUAAAGACCUUAUAUGAUAAAUUAAAAAUCAAGCUUACUAUUCCAGAUGAUAUUGAAGAAAGUUUUGUGGAUAAGGAUUAUGAAGAUAAUGAUGACUUUUUUAAUGAAUUAGAAGCGAAUUCUAUACAAACAAACUCAGAAGAAGAGGAUGAG